GUGACUACUUCCGGUAGAAUUUUUGUUGUUGUGAAAAUGGCAACCUCACCCAAUCCUGCGACCGUUGGAACGCCAAAGAAAAAGGAUGAAUCGUUCCUUGAUAAAAUUGGGACAAUUGGUCGCAAGAAAAAAGCUAAAGAAGUAAAUAUUCUAGAAGAAGAAGGCAAAAUGGCAAUCGAAUCUCCUACUAGUCCUACAAUUCCAGACGUUGGUCCAGAAGGUUAUUUGCUGGAUGAGUUAGAAGAGCGGUCAAUGAUUGAGCCAACAUCCAAAGAAGACCCUAAAGUACAAGAAUUAAUAAAAAUACUGCUUGAUUGGAUAAAUGACGUAUUGGCAGAUGACAGAAUUAUCGUGAAAGACAUUCUUGAAGAUCUAUUUGAUGGUCAAAUUCUGCAAAAAUUGAUAGAAAAAUUGGCUGAUAUAAGAGUUCAGGUACCAGAAGUAACCCAGUCAGAACAAGGACAGAAACAGAAGUUACAGAUAAUACUCUCAGUAAUAAACAGAUUGUUACAGUUACAAUGGAAUCAAGUCAGGUGGUCUGUUGAUAAAGUUCAUUCAAAGAAUCUCGUUGCCAUCCUUCAUUUGUUAGUUACCUUAGCAAGACAUUAUAGAGCACCAAUCAGAAUGCCUGAUAACGUGUCCGUCAAUUUAAUCGUUGUAACAAAGAGAGAUGGCAUACUCCAGACCAAGAGAGUAGUAGAAGAUAUCACUACGAUAAACGAUGAUAUUGGAGCAAGAUUUGAGCGUGAUGCGUUUGAUACUUUAUUCGAUCAUGCACCUGACAAACUUAAUCUUGUAAAGAAAACAUUGGUUACAUUUGUCAACAAACAGUUACUGAAGAUUAACUUUGAAGUGGCCGAUUUAGAAGCGCAAUUUCAUGAUGGAGUUUACCUGGUUUUAUUGAUGGGUUUAUUAGAAGGAUAUUUUGUUCCUUUAUAUGACUACCACCAAACCGCGUCAACGUUUGAUCAAAAGGUGCAUAAUGUACAGUUUGCAUUUGAUUUAAUGCAGGAUGCAGGACUUCCAAGACCAAAAGCCAGACCAGAAGAUGUGGUCAAUCAAGAUCUGAAAUCAACCCUCCGAGUAUUGUACAAUAUAUUCACAAAGUACAAAGGUCAAGGAGCAUAAACAUACAUAGAAUGCUGGGAGCCGAAUCAGUAUAUCCACCGUGCUAAAAGCUUAGUUAUAAUAUGUGCAAUAAAAUCAUCAAACUUGUUCAGUUUACAGAUGUAGAUUUUUAUAAUGUAUUUAUAGAUAUAUGGCAGGUCAUAGUAAGCAGUAUGAUGUACAAUGUAUUACACAGAUAUAUCCCUUUGCAUGUUUUAAUAAUCAUUAUUGAUCGAUGUUUUUCUAUAUUUCAUGUUUUUACACACUAUAUUAUUCUGACAAGUUAAUAUGUGAAGUUACAACAUUUUGUAACAGUUAUUCAUCAUAUUAAAAGAAAUAGAUUUCAAAUUUGGAACAAUGAGACAUUAAGACAUACAAUGACACAAUAUUCUAUAACAUUUUAAACAAAAGUGAAAAUAUACAUGUCAUGUGCAUGUAGAGUUACAUGUAUCCAGGUAAAAAAAUUCUAGAAUUGAAAUUAUUUUGGCUUUUGAGCCUUUUUUUUUUAAAUUUAAAUGAAAAAAAAUGUUUUUUACUUGUAUGUUAAAAAUGUUUUAUAACUUGAAGAAGAAAAAUCCAAAUGUGGUGUCUUAGUUUUGAAAAAUACUCUGAAGUACAAAUGUAUGGAAGCAAGUUCAAAUAAAAGGGUAAUUGGAC